AUGGUCCAGUUGUCAAAGAUCCUGGCCGUUGCCGCGGCUUGCCUGGUUGCCCCUGCUGUUGCUCACCCCGGCGAGAAGCACAACCCGCAUGUCAUCAAGCGGGAGGUCCACGCUCGUGAUGCCAUGGCUGCGGCGGCCAAGCGCUCGCUUUUUGGCUGUGAGAGCUCCCUUCACGCGAGAGAGUUGAACAAGCGCAGUGUCGCUCGUCGUGCUCGCACUGUCAAUCAGCUUCGCAAGAAGCGUGGUAUCAAUACUAACCCGCAGAAAUGGCGCCGGAACCUAGCCCAGCUCGAGAAGUGGGAGGUAAUUGACCACAACAAGACCAACAUCCUCAACUACAGCCCGGCUACCCCGGAAUCGAUCAUCUUCUCAGCCAACACCAGCUGUAUCCUGACUCCCACUAUCACGGAUGGCCCCUACUACGUCUGGGGUGAAGUGAUGCGCCAGAAUGUCAAGGAGGAGAAGUACUCGGAUGGAGUGGAUGUUUUCCUCGAAGUGCAAUACAUUGACAUCAACACCUGUCGCCCGGUCCCGGGAGCUCUGGUUGAUAUCUGGCAAGCCAAUGCCACCGGCGUGUACAGUGGAAUUUCGACGUCGGGCAACUACGCUGCCGACGGAUGGGACUCGACUUACCUGCGUGGUAUCCAGGAAACCGACCGUGACGGUGUUGUCGAAUUCGAGACCAUCUUCCCCGGUCACUACGACGGACGUGCGACUCACACUCAUUUGCUGACCCAUUUGAACGCUACUCUGCUUCCCAACAAGACUCUGGAGGCGGGCACCGGCAGCGUGGCUCACAUUGGCCAGCUCUUCUGGAACGAAGUGCUGCGUAGUGCAGUCGAAGAUACCUACCCUUACAACACCAACACCCAGGCCAUCACCACGAAUGCGGACGACAUGUGGAGCGUGUUGCAAGCCGACAGUGCCUAUGACCCUUUCCCCGAGUAUAUCUAUCUGGGUGACGACCUUGAUGACGGUCUCUUUGCCUGGAUCCAGAUUGGCGUGAAUGCCACCGUAGACUAUACGGACAAUUCGUACUACAGCAUUGCCGCCUACCUCGAGACUGAUGGAGGUCACCAGAACAGCGACAGUGUUGUAGGUGGAGGCAGUGGUGGUGGUGCUCCUAGCGGAACGAACAGCACCAUGCCCUCUGGGAUGGCCAGCCCCAGUGCCUCCGCAUGA